GGCAGCCUCCGCCGGCCUCGCCGCCCUGCCCUGCCCUGCCCGCCCUUCCCCUCCUCCGCGCCGCCCAAGCCAUGAACUUUGGCCGCGGCCCCUCGGUGGUGUUGAACGUCGGGGGCACCCGGUACUCCUUCUCCCGGGAGGUGCUGAAGGAUUUCCCGCUGCGGCGGGUGAGCCGCCUGCACGGCUGCCUCUCGGAGCAGGACGUGCUGGAGGUGUGCGACGACUACGACCGGGAGCGGAACGAGUACUUCUUCGACCGGCACUCGGAGGCCUUCGGCUUCAUCAUGCUCUACGUGCGGCACGGCCACCUGCGCUUCGUGCCGCACAUGUGCGAGCUCUCCUUCUACAACGAGAUGAUCUACUGGGGGCUGGAGGGCUCCCACCUCGACUACUGCUGCCAGCGCCGCCUCGACGACCGUAUGUCCGAGACGUGCACCUACUACGCGGCGGAGGAGCCGCCGGGGGAGCCGGCCGGCGGCCCCGAGGGCAAGGGCCGGCGGCCGGCGGGAGCCGAGGGCGGGAAGUGGCUGGAGAGAAUGAGGAGGACUUUCGAGGAGCCCACGUCUUCCGUGGCCGCCCAGGUCCUGGCCACCGUCUCCAUCCUCUUCGUCAUCGUGUCCAUGGUGGUGCUGUGCGCCAGCACCCUGCCCGAGUGGCGGGUGCCAGAGAACCGCAGCGUGGAGGAGCAGAGCAGGUACACGGCAGAGUCAGUGAGGGAGCCCUCAGGGAUAAUUGAAGCUAUCUGCAUAGGCUGGUUCACUGCAGAGUGCAUUGUGAGGUUCAUCGUCUCCAAAAACAAGUGUGAGUUUGUCAGAAGACCUCUCAACAUCAUUGAUUUACUGGCAAUUACUCCUUACUACAUCUCUGUUCUAAUGACAGUUUUCACAGGGGAAAAUUCACAGCUUCAGAGGGCUGGCGUCACCUUGAGGGUCUUAAGAAUGAUGAGGAUUUUUUGGGUGAUUAAACUGGCUCGUCAUUUCAUUGGCCUUCAAACACUUGGUCUGACUCUGAAGCGUUGUUACAGAGAGAUGGUGAUGCUACUUGUCUUUAUCUGUGUUGCUAUGGCAAUUUUCAGUGCACUUUCCCAGCUUCUUGAAAAUGGGCUGGACUUGGGAACAAAGAAUAAGGAUUAUGCCAGCAUUCCUGCUGCUUGUUGGUGGGUGAUCAUCUCAAUGACCACGGUUGGUUAUGGUGACAUGUGUCCCAUCACUGUACCAGGAAGGAUUCUUGGAGGAAUUUGUGUGGUUAGUGGCAUUGUUUUAUUAGCCUUGCCAAUCACUUUCAUUUAUCACAGCUUUGUGCAAUGUUACCAUGAGCUCAAGUUCCGAUCCGCUAGGUACAGUAGAAGCCUCUCUGCUGAAUUUUUAAAUUGACCAAACUUGCAUUCUGUUGUAGUUACUUGCUAAGCUUUGUCUUAGAAGAGAAUGGUGGAAGGUCCCUUCGCGUGUCCUCCUUGACUGGAUGGUCCUAUGGAACAACAUUCUCGCCAGCCUGGAGAAAGCCCGUCACCAUUCAGACAGGAAGGAUGGCCAUCUGCCUUGAGCACCUUGCAGGGAGAGGGAGUGAUGUUUCAAAUUUGAGAGAAAAAAAUCAACAACAGAGGAUUCAGAAGUCCUCAACCAGAUCAGUCUGGUCUUCCGUUUGCCUUUCCACACAAAAGCAGAACAAAAAAUGGGCUUAACACUGAGAUCUGUCAUUCCCAUAAUUACAUCCUAUACCAUUCUAAGCAACGUGUAGCAGAAGUUUUUCAAAGAUUUCAGUAUCUAAAUGCUCCAUAGAGGCACUGAUAACUUCUUGCCUGAAGUUAUCUCCACUUCUAACUCAGAUAACCAAAUUAGAUACUGAAGGAGAAUCACUACUACUUUUGAGCUUCGCAACAGAGUAGAGCUGGUUCUGUAACUCGGGAACGAUGAAGAAUAUAGGUCUGUAGGGCAAAAAAAUCUUGAGGCCUGAUUCUGAUCUUUGAUGAUGCACACAAAUCUUCUGUAAAACCACUGAAGUCAGUGGCAUUGCUCUGAAUUUGAUAAUUCAAAGAAGUGCAAGAAGUGCACCUCUGAAUGGUGUUGCAAGGACUUCCUUAGCCACAAUUAAAUUUCUUUUCUGGAACCAAAUUGUUAGUAGAAGCAAGUGUUGUACUUUAUAAAGAUAAGCAUAAAAAAUCAGGCAUUGAUAAAUGUAUUUUCUGGUAGCUUAGUGGGGGAGCUAUCCAAAUUUUACAUACAUUCAGUUCAACUCCAUCCACCUGAAGUUACAUACUCAUAAGCAUGUAUUUUUUUCCUCCCAUUUAAUUAAACAUAUAUAUCAUAGUGAAAGUUCUCUAAGACAAAUUAUAAGAUUCCAUAAGACAAAUUAUAAGAUUCCAUCACUUGAAACAGUCUGGAGAAAGCACUGAAAAAUAAGAGUAGCUGCUCCCUGUCAGAUGAGACUCUUCAUCACCUUUAAACUCUGCAAUCCUUAUUGAAGGAUACACUUUAAUGGAAGUUUUAAAAACAACUGUAAAAAGCCCAGAGCAUACCAAAGAAAGUAAAAUAUAGAAGUGUGAGCUGCACUUGGCAAAAUGGUAUAUUCUCCAGUGUAACUAGAAAAUUAAAAUGAAUCAAGUUAGGUUCUGAAAUAUUGUUCACUACAUUUCUUGUGUAGUACUCCUUAAUAGCAUCGUUCAGUAUAAUUCUGAAAGGCUGCUACAUAGAAAUGUGCAGUUAGAUACUAAAACACAUUAAGGUACAGCUUUACAAAUUUGGGUACCAAUAAACAUCAACAGAGAGCUUUCUUAUUAACAUGGAAGUUCAGAGUCAUGAGCAUUGUUGAAUUUGGUGUGCUUGCCUGGAAAUACUGCAUUUACUAUUACCGUGCUGUAGAAGCAUCUUUUAUAUAUGUGUUUGUUAGAAGCUUUAGAAGUAAAAUGAGUACCACCUAGAACACACAUCUCUGGAAUUGCUCACUCAAAAGUACCACAUUGGUCAGUAACCAGUACAUUGAAGGCUCUACCCCGAGACCUGAAAAAUUCAUUAUCAUUUUAAGUGGUCUUAGUCUUAAGUAGUCUUAAAGAAUUACAUUGCAAACACAAUUCUUCUGAAGACCUGAAAAUAAUUUUAGUAGCCUUCUUACAGACAAGCUUGACUUUUCCUUCAGUAGUUUUUCAAGACUACGUUAUUAAGUAAUGUGACAGCUAUACCUCCGUUUCUUGCCACUGACGCGUUCUGGUGUUCAGAAGGUUAGCUCUGUAGUUCCCUGUACUACUAUAUUUAUGCCUUUUAUAUCAGAAUCAUGUCAUUCAGAAACCGGCUCCAGCAUUCCCCACAGAGAGGUGAAUAUGAGAUAAGCAAAAAUUUCUUUCUUAGGUGAGAUUCACAGCUGAUGUUAGUUAGGCAAGUUGUGACUUCAGAGACUUAGAUGUUUUACACCAGCAGAGAUGCUGGCUCUGUAUUCCUGCAUGUGUACCUAUAUAUAUCCUGCAUAUAUUAUAGUCAGUUGAAAUGUUUUUUUUUUCUCCUCACAAAAAAUUUCCUCCUUGACAAAAUUGAAAUUUCAGACUUUAAUCCAAACACAGCUGUUGAAGAAAAUGACAUUUUCAUCUUCUAAUGAAAAGAUUAUUUUGACAGUAUCAGAACCAUUUUCAAGGAGAAAAUUGCUAUUUUUUUGUACUCUGCUCCAAUUUUUUUUUUCCAUUAAAAAUAGGUAAAAAAAAAACACUUAAGGAAUUAGCCCUACAGAUUUUUGUAUGCUGUUUUUAACGCUUGGGAAAAAUACUGUUUUACAUAAAACUCCUUAAAACUUAGCAUUUUGUCCAUGUAUUGUAUUUAACCAAACCAAUACCCUGAGAUACAACCCUCCUCCCACAAAAUGCCCAAACCAUCAUCACAAUGACAAUAGUUUGAGAUCCAUACAGAAUAUGAAUAUAUUUCAAAGUACGUUGCAAUCUUGGUUUCAACACAAAAUAAAAUGCAUUUCAGCACUACCUGUAAAUCUAAUCUUUAGAUGCCCAUACAAAGGAAAAAAUGCAAAUUAAUGCACAUAAUAAUUUGUGAAUACCAAUUUGCACCAUGAAUCAUUUUGUAUAAGCAAUUAAGGACAGGAAGUUUUCAAAGAUCCAGGGUAUAUGUGGUAUACAAACAAAAUGUUUGAUCCUUUAUAAAGUGUUUUCCAGCUAAAGAAUCCUUUCCCAAUGUAAAAAGAUUAUCUAAUGAAAAUAAUUGUGUAAAGGAGAUUAUCUUAAGUCGUACUUUUUUUUAACAGCCUAUGUUCACUUUUUAGAUGGCAAAAUAUGAACAGAAUGACCUAAUGUAUUUUUUAAUUUGAGUUAUAAUAAAAAUAUUUUGAAACUGCUCUAUAUAAGCCCACUAAGGAGAGAUACUGGGGUGUUGCUUUUUUAUUGUUGUAUGGUUAUCAGUGUGUAGACUUUAGUUUCCUUAGAAACCAAGUUGAAGUAACGUGAUCUUAACGGUAGCCUUAAAACAGAAUUUUAUAGUAAGUAAAUAGGUUCCUGGCUUCCAGUAAUAUAUGUCAUCUUAUUUUCAAUGGACCAGUGGUUUUUUAGUGAAACUUUAAAAAGCCUGAAUUAUAUGUGUAGUCAAAAAUAAGCAUACUUUUAAACAGAUGAAACUGGUUUAGUAGAAGUUCACUUGAGGCCAUGUUUUAUGCAGACAUGGGGUGUAGCGCUCUAUUUCAAAAUACAGCGUUUCAAAGCCAAGUGAAGACAAGCUGGCUUAUUUCUAAUCAUUGCCAGUUUGAACCCUAUACAAUAAAAUACUUCAUGGGCAGUAGCUCUUUCAAUAUCUGAAACAUUCACAGUUGGGACAAAUUAGAUUAAAUACAAAUAUAAUAAAACUGGGGAUAAAUGAAGACAGCUUAUAUAAUUGUGAUUCAGCCUUCUGUUCAUCUAAAACUAAAACCAAUGCCAGUAAGUUUUGAACUGCCAUUAUAUGUUUUGAUGACAACAAAGGUUAAUCAUACAUUACAUACUAGGUUCAAACCUUAGGACUGACUUAUUGGGAACUAUAUAUUGGCUGCAGUCCUUCAAGGUACUGUGUACCACUUAAAAGCAUUUGAUCAUUAAUGGAAUCACUGAAAUGGAAACCUGUCUAGGGUACAUUUUCCUUCUACAGUUCUACAUGAAGCAGCAUCCCCAAAAUCACAAAGAAUGGAGGAUUAUCAUUUCCCUUGACGUAAGACUUGGAAAUGAUAUUGUCAUGAUGAAUACCCACAAAAAAAAAAAAAAAAGAGA